ACUUUAUCGCGUUGGAAACUGUAAACUUUCUUCAUUUCCUCACAGACUACCGCGGGUUGGAGAAGAGCGCAACCAUGAGGCUUUCUCCCGCCGUGGCGGUUAUGCUUCUCACUGUCUUCAUGACAGAAACAUCACUAGGACAGGACCUUUGCAACAUCUCUAACAAUGACAUCUGCGACACGGCCUACAAUAACACGAUAACGGACCCAAAGCGAAGUACCGCGUUUGUUCCUGGCUCAGGCGACACCCUUCUAUGUGACAACACCUUGAUGAGGGGAUGGUACCGGUUUGAAGCCCAUAGUCAGAGCGUGCGGAUUCCAGAACAGUGCGUAGAGACCUACCAUUGUGGAACACAGGCCCCCUUGUGGCUUGACGGCCCACAUCCCAUCAACAGCCGAGUGGUACACAGAGACGUCUGCGCCAACUAUGGGGUUCCCGGGGACUGUUGCAGUGAUCGAAUUUCAAUCCGCGUUAAAAAAUGCACUGACGAUGGAGGGACCAACUUCUAUGCGUACUGCCUAUCACCGACGUCUGGGUGUAACCAAGCGUAUUGUGCAGGCAACCAAGUACCAUGUCCUGCUGGCCAAGUUUGGGGUGAUAAAUAUGGAUACUGCGUCAAUGAAGUUCCAGAGAUCACAGAGAACCCAGUCCUACAUCCGCCUGUUAUCGACAAGGACAGUUGGCGGGUCACAUUUACAUGUGAGGUCAAAUACGACAAGAACACCGAUGACGAUGCACGAUUCGCGGUCAAGUUCUUAUUCGAUCAUAUCGAAUACCGAGAGGUCAACGAGGCCACCCAGUCGCCAUUAGAUCCGACCAGAAAAACCGUAAAGCUCGAUGCGAAAUACCUUGGCGGAUUCGACAGUUGGGAAUCAAAAAUGGGGAAAACGGUUUCCUGUGUUAUGCAGUCCUUUUGGAAAGACUUUGAACAUAAGAAGAGCCGACAGUUUCACAGUAAUGGUUACUAUGCUGGCAUUAGGGCCGAUCAAACACACCUGGACAUACAAGAGGGGCAACAUGACACCCUACAGCUUUACAGCACAGUGCCUUUUAUUUGCGAUCAUAAUUCCAAUGCUCACGAAAACUGUCAUAUUGCCAUUAAGUUAGAGGCAAACAGAGAAGUCACAACUGGAGGAAAUGCCAAUAGUCAAUGCGAAACUAAACUCUAUUCCAAAAAUUGGGACCCAAUGAGACAUAGGGCUGACGCAGAGGAGAAAACCAUAUAUGCUAAGCAAGAUCUCCAAGUAGAUGGUAAUCGUGUAAAUGCAUUGGUUUUUGCACAAAUUCCACCACUAAAAUUUUGGCAUUCUACGGAUAGGGAAUUUGUCCCGAACAUGUACAGUGGCUUCACUCCAGAUGACAUUCAGGUGCGAACUAUAGAUGAGGGUGCUCCUGGCCAUUGCAAGGGGAUCACUGAUCCGCACUACACCACUUUUGAUGGCAAGUAUUACACAAUCCUAAUGCUGGGAGAAUUCGUCUUCUAUAAAAGCACCGCCAGACUCAGAAAGUUCGAGGUCCAGGUUCGUACCUGGUACUGUGGAGGUGGAACCAGAUUGGCCUGCCAUUGUGCUGUUGCUGUCCGUGAAGGAAAUGACAUUGUCAUUGUCGACCUUUGCCACGUCGGAUGGGGUAACCAUGAGCACGCCUACCCUAAGAUUACAGAAAAAACGACGGAUGGAUCUCCUUUGUCUCCAGCAGUGUCAGUGUACAGAGACCCUUCCAAUAAAAAAUUCUCGAUCCACAUGCCAUCUGCUACCACAGUUGUAGCAGAGAUAAACCAAUGGGGUAUCGAUGUUCACGCUUAUGCCCCUGCAAGAGAUCGCACACAUACCGUAGGACUAUGUGGAACUUGGGAUGGAAACAGAGGCAAUGACUUCAAACGGCCCGGUGGAUCUAUCACCAAUAACGAGAACACGUUUGGCAACAGCUGGAGAAUCCCCCACGGAACAAGCUUAUUUGAUGUUGAUUGCCCAGAUGAAGAUCUAAACGCUCCUGAUCCGGUGGAGUCUUGCACCUGUGAAGACGGUAAUAAUAUCCAUUGUGGGUAUAGCGAAACUGCUGCUCGCAACACUGCUCGUGGCAUAAAUAGGUGGACCACCGUACAGAAGUCAUCGAGAAAUAUUAUUGGUUGUCUGACAGCACGGCGCUCCAGAAGAUCCAUUCAGUCAAGCCCAUUCUACUCAGAUGACAUUGAUGAAAGUGAAGAGUACGCAUUUGACUAUGGAGACAACCAGCCGCCAUCUCCCGUCGCUCAAUGGCCAACUCCAACCCUCCAAAUCACCGAGGCAGAUGCCGUGAGACACUGUCGAGAAGCCAUCACUAACUCAUCUAUGUCAUCAGUAUGUGCCAACCUUGGCGUGGAUAUUUUUGCUCCUGUUCAAGCAUGUGUGGAGGACAUCAAGUUUACUGAAGAUUUACGCAUAGCAGCAGCUCAUGUGGACACUAUGAAAGCAGCUUGCACAGACAUCGCCUAUCAGAACGUCAGUCUGUACGAGGUUGGCGAUGACGGAGUUGCAGUUCCUCCCAUGGCUGUACGAGAGAACCUGUGUCCAGCAGACUGUAGUCAGCACGGCGACUGUGUGAACGGUAGUUGUGUCUGUUUUGAGCCGUACACAUCGGCCGACUGUUCCCUUGUGAAAGGCAGUCCACCUGUGGUCCGGUUUAUUCCCAACCACGGCCUGUGUGACAUCCGUCGGCGGCCAUGCAGGAAAACUUCUAUUAUUGCAGACGGGUUGAUUGAGUCCGAGAAUCUCACGUGCAAGAUUACGGAUGUAAAGAUAGAAAAUGGGCUCCAGACCAUCAUUUCAGGAAGUGACCAGACCACAAACGUUACGCUACGAAGUUUCAAAGAGGUUUCCUGUCAGCUGCCUCGAUCUCCGGUCCUUCAGGGCACACCAGAUGAGAUGGAGGGUACCUUGGUCUAUGGAUACCGUGUCUCUGUCAGUAAUGAUGGGGAAAACUUCAGUGACGAACUUCUAUUCACCAUCUACGACUCCGUGUGCCAGAACUGUACUUCGGGACCGCAGUGUUCCUGGAAGUUAAACACAUGCAAGAUAAGAGGCUUCUGUUUUGGUGAAGGAGAUCCGAACCCCAACAACUGGUGCCAACAGUGCCUCCCACAGCUGUCCAACCAGACAUUCAGUGAAAGGCCAGUAAACCUGCCACCAGUCAUUGUGUCGCCAACUCACAUCACCAAAGUAAACGGGGAGAAUCUAACUUCUACAGUCGUUGCCAAUGACCCAGAAAGUAGACCAGUCACUAUCUCCAUCACAUCAGCAAACAGUCAUGGCAUCACAAUAGAUGGGGAUCAGUUUCAGUGGAAGACAAAGCAUCAAGUCGGCAGUUUUGUUGAGACCGUUAAAGUGAGUGAUGAAUGUGGAGCUUUUGACGCACAGAACUUUACAUUCACCACAAUGGCCUGUCCAUGUCAGAAUAACGGCAUGUGUGUACCAGAUCCCAGCAUGCCUCGCGGCCAGGGCCACUACAUCUGUGAAUGUCCCGGAUAUACGGGUCAAUGGUGUGAACAUGAGAUUGACGAGUGUCAGUCAAACCCCUGUCACAACGGCACGUGUGUUGACUUGGUUAAUGGUUUCAACUGCACCUGUGAUGGCGAGCAUGUUGGUGUGUUCUGUCAUAUAGACCUAGACGACAAGUGCGGCCUGCAGCCAUGUUUCCCUGGUGUCCUCUGUAUCAACGUUGCCGGCGGCUUUGAGUGUGGGGACUGCCCGGAAGGGUUUACAGGAAACGGCAUCACUUGUGAAGAUGUAGACGAAUGUGCAUCGGACACCACUAAUGACUGUCUGUUUGUUUGUGAGAACACCCCGGGCUCCUACCGCGGUACCUGUUCGGCCGGAUUUAUCCUUAUCAACGACCAGUGCUUCGACAUCGACGAGUGUGCUUAUGGGCUGUCAGAGUGUUCUCAUCUCUGCAAUAACAAUGAUGGCAGCUACACCUGUGACUGCCCAGCAGGAUAUCUUCUAGGGCCUGACAACAAGCAGUGCAUAGAACUAGAUGAAUGUGCCAGUACUCCUUGUCAAAAUGGAGGCAGUUGUCAUGAUGGCAUCAACCAGUUUUCUUGCGCAUGCACAUUGGGAUGGCUUGGAACUCUCUGUGAAAGAGACAUUGACGAGUGUUUGGUGACGAACCACGGCUGUGAAAACGACUGUGAGAACACACCUGGCAGUUACACCUGCAGCUGUCCGGAAGGGUUUGAGCUGAAAGACGACAGAAGGACAUGCCAAGAUGUCGAUGAGUGUGAGACCAGCUUCCCGUGUACUCACAUCUGUAGUAACACGGAGGGAAGUUACAUCUGCAGCUGCCCAUCUGAUCUAGUCUUGCAACCGGAUGGCACUACUUGUGUCGUCCCUGCAUCUGCCGUGGCACCAGAAGAAAGUACACAAGCACAGGGAACGGCCCUGCGACCCAGUGCUAGUGUAUUGCCAGCAAACACGGAGGCUCCACAGGACUGUAUGAAGAUAGGCUGCCCUGACAAGGAUCUCCAGGAGUGCGUUGAGAUCGACGGAAACUAUGUUUGUCAGUGCAUCGAAGGAUACUACCUAGCUGAAGGUGGAACCAUCUGCAAAGUUUACGAUGCAACGAUCAUACUGACAACGAUAAAUGGCAACGAAGCGGUGUUUACUGAAGAUGGCUUGGGAACCCCUGGUUCGCAGGAGUUCCUCGACCAAGCCAUAAUGAUAAAGGAUAUGAUCAAUGCCGUGUAUGAAAGCAGUGACCUACAUGACCUAUACCGGGGCUGUAAGGUCAAUGCCUUCCGUCAGGGAAGUGUCAUCGUGGACUUCGAGGUCUUCUUUGUGGAGAAUGCCGACCUGUCUGUCUCAGAGCUAAAGGACGCCAUCUUGAACAGCCUAACCAACAACACGCUAAGUGGAGAGAAUGGCGUGGUUGUCGUCAUUCCAUCAUCGUUGGACGUUUCUCCACAAGCUACCACUGCUACCGACCAGCUGUGGUACAACAACCCCCUGUACCUCAGUCUGCUGUGUGUCGGCUGUGCUGUUGUGGCCACUGUCCUGAUAGUGGGGACUGUCUGCCUGCUGACCAGUCCCAAACGCCGCCGUAAGAUGGUCGUUAAUGACAGCAUGGUGGACAUGGACAUGGUCGAUAUGAAUGGAAAGGCUGAGGGUAUUGACGGUCCCGCUGCCGAAGAUGACAAAUACUAGACAGAAUAGUAAAGUGUGUCAUCUGUACUGAAACUGUCUUAACCCUAUCCAGACUAGGGGAGGGGGUAAAAGUGAUGCCGUAUAGCUAGCUCCCAAACGGCUUGUGUUAGAACAACCAAAGGCGGUAACUUUUCCUAGAAUAUUGUUAGCAACAAUUUACAAAUUUACACUCGGAUUUCAUCACUAUUUGGUCUUUUCUUACA